CUGGCAUAUGGUGAACAGCUUCUGCUAAAGCCCCGACACUUGAGCCCGUGUUGUCUGUUGUUUUGUUAUGAUUUCGGUUGAAUCGUAGAACGGAGAUGUGCGCGGAAUAACCAAAAACCGAAAAUUUUCCUAUCGGCUUAUGGAAAAUCGGUAUCGUUAUUCGACAAGCCUCUCGCGUUCGUUUCACUACUAAAAGAUAAAUCCGGGGACGACCGCUUAAAGGGUCGUGUGCAGUAUGCGUAAUAUUUGUGAAUCGGGGAUAUUAUGGCUGCGGGAGAAGCCAGUACGAAACCUCGACAAGAAAAACAGUACGAUUACCUUCUGAAGUUUCUAUUAGUGGGUGACAGUGACGUUGGAAAACAAGAAAUUCUCAGCGGUCUCGAAGACGGUGCCGCUGAAUCUCCUUUUUGCAGUGGCAGCGGUAAGCAAUCCUACAAGACUACGACGAUACUCCUCGAUGGUAAACGAGUCAAACUUCAGCUUUGGGAUACGUCUGGUCAAGGCAGAUUCUGCACUAUCAUAAGAUCCUACUCUCGAGGGGCUCAGGGAAUUCUUCUUGUCUACGAUAUCACUAAUAAAUGGUCGUUUGAUGGCAUCGAUCGAUGGCUCAAAGAGGUGGAAGAGCAUGCACCAGGCGUGCCGAAGGUCUUGGUUGGCAACCGUCUCCAUCUUGCUUUCAGAAGGCAGAUAGGAGAACGUGAGGCUGAAGCCUACGCAGCAAAAAAUCGUAUGGCAUUCUUUGAAGUUUCUCCCCUAUGUGACUUUAACAUUCGUGAAAGUUUCUCGGAGCUUUCUAGGAUGGCUCUUCAUAGGAAUGGUAUGGAGAGACUGUGGCGAUCGAACAAAGUUCUGAGUCUUCAAGAACUCGCUUGCCGUGCCAUAGUAGCUCGUACGACAGUUUACGGAAUAGAUCAGCUUCCGUUGCCUACCUCAAUAAAAUCACAUUUGAAAUCAUAUGCAAUGACGACAACGUCGCAACUUCGUUACAAUGGAAAUCGGUCGAUGAGCUCCAGCAAGAGUCUUGGAUCUCAUCACCGGAAGUUACGAUUCGUUGGUGCCAGUCAUAACGGACUCUCAACACCAGGCAGUUCACCAGGCAGCAUAGCUGAUUCUCGCACAAAUUGUGUGGGUCGUAACUCAUGUGAAAUAUCCUGAGGGUAGAAUUAAGAUAGUCUCGGGUAGACAUGUUGUAUAAUAUAAGUAAUGAGCAUAAUUGUGCAGGUAGCGAUGAUCGGAGGAGUGUGAAGGAAGUGUACCAUACGUUGUUUAUACGUUAAUGCGUCGAAAUUUAAUAUUAUUUUAUAUAUUAUAUUCUGUGGUAUAACGGGGGGAGAAAAAAAAUAACCCCAGAGAUAUAGCACAGAGUUUGUACCAAAAAACCUUACAGGAUCGUUAGUAGCUAGGGAAAAGAGAUGAGAACAAAAAGAGAAAACAAUUGACAAUUUUCUAAUAUUCAUUUUGGAUUUUGUACUUACGAUAUAUUGUUCUUAGUCGGAGUUCAGUAGAGUCAGAAUUUGGCUAUUGCCAUUGACUGUCAUUCACUGCUGUGAAAU